AUGGCCGCUCACACGCUCACUACGUUUCGUUAUGAUGCCGCUUCUGGCAACUUCGUCAAGAAGACUACGCAGCGUACUCUGGGUUUGAACGAGAUCAAAGUCAGGGUCACACACUCAGGCAUCUGUUAUACAGAUGUCCAUGCAAAGGAAAAGGCUUGCGGACUAGGCCACGAAGGUGUCGGUCUGGUCACUGAUGCUGGAGCCGCUGUGAGAUCUAUGAAAAUUGGCGAUCGAAUUGGUUGNGGGACUAAUUACACCAGUCUUGUGGGUAUUGCUCUGUUUGUGUCGAUGGAUAUCGCCAGUAUUGUGCUCAAGCAAGUGGUUUUGCUUUCUGUGACCACGAGCAAGGUGAUCAGGCACUACCGACACCAUACCACUUAUGCUGACCUCGUCUCUCAAANGGUGCCUUUGCCGACUUUCAUAUCAUUGAUGCCAACUUUGCAUACCACAUCCCUGCUGAGAUUCCUUCCUGGCAAGCUGGUGUAUUCAUGUGCGCUGGUGCCUCUACUUACGAGGCUCUGGACGCAGCUAGCACGAAACCACAUCAUCGCGUUGGUAUCGUGGGGUUGGGUGGUCUCGGCCACAUGGCUGUGCUUUUCGCCAGAGCGAUGGGUUGUGCAAUCACGGUCUUCUCAGGUUCUGCAGGAAAAGUGA